UGGAAACCGGUUUGAACUGAGCAGAGGGGUUGAUGCCAAUGGUCAGACCGUCAGUGAAACUGUGUUGAACGGGACGAAAACGGGCGGAUUUCCGAUUUUUGUGCAAUCUCUCGGCAAUAACGGUGCUGAUGUACGGCGCAUCAACAAAGGUGUAGUAUUCGGGACUCCUGGAAGAUUUGCAAGAAAAGAAGAGCUCAGAGAGACGGCGGAGAAGUGGUUUGUUUGAGAAUAAACGGGAAGGCAAAGUAUGGCUUAUGGAGAUAGUUUCGUAAUCGAUAAUAACAAAGUUGAACUUCUGCUUACUUCGAUGUUUUCCCUGAUGGUUUUUGGACUUUUGGGUGUUAACGGACAGUAUGGCGACCGAGGGAUGUCUAUACCAGAACAUGGCUUUUGUCAACCGAUUUCCAUCCCACUUUGUACGGAUAUUGCUUACAACGAGACCAUCAUGCCAAAUUUAUUAGGGCACACUAACCAGGAAGACGCGGGACUUGAAGUGCACCAGUUUUAUCCGCUUGUGAAAGUUCAGUGUUCCCCCGAUCUUAGGUUUUUCCUGUGCUCCAUGUAUGCGCCGGUGUGUACUGUGUUGGAGCAAGCUCUCCCUCCUUGCCGCUCACUUUGCGAAAGAGCAAGACAGGGCUGCGAGGCUCUCAUGAACAAGUUCGGCUUUCAGUGGCCAGACAGCCUGGCUUGUGAAUCUUUCCCAGUUCAUGGAGCAGGUGAGCUGUGCGUGGGUCAGAAUAUGUCGGAUAAAGCUUCCUCAGUUAACCCAACUACCGAUGUAACCGAAUCACCUGGCGAUAUCAGAAAUGCAAAAGGACAUUUUAAGUGUCCGACGGCUUUGAAAGUGCCGUCUUACUUGAACUACCGCUUUCUGGGCGAAGAUAACUGCGGGGCUCCAUGCGAACCUUCGAAAUCACAUGGAAUGAUGUACUUUAACAAGGAGGAGCUUAAAUUUGCCCAGAUAUGGAUUGGAAUCUGGUCUGUUUUGUGCUGUGCUUCUACUUUAUUUACAGUUUUGACUUACCUAGUGGACAUGAAGAGAUUCAGCUACCCAGAGCGCCCCAUUAUUUUCCUUUCUGGUUGUUACACAAUGGUGUCUAUAGCCUAUAUUGCAGGCUUUUUGUUAGAGGACAAGGUGGUUUGUAAUGAGAAGUUUGACAGUGACAUAAGAACAGUUGUCCAGGGCACCAAAAAAGAAGGUUGCACCAUAUUGUUCAUGAUGCUUUAUUUCUUCAGCAUGGCGAGUUCCAUUUGGUGGGUUAUCCUGGCUCUGACAUGGUUUCUGUCAGCGGGAAUGAAAUGGGGGCACGAAGCCAUAGAGGCCAACUCGCAAUAUUUCCAUCUGGCAGCAUGGGCUGUGCCAGCCAUUAAAACCAUCACUGUUCUGGCAGUGGGGCAGGUGGACGGAGACAUCCUGAGUGGAGUGUGUUUUGUGGGUCUGAACAGCGUGGAUGCUCUCCGUGGAUUUGUCCUGGUGCCCCUCUUUGUCUACCUGUUCAUCGGCACCUCAUUCCUCCUGGCCGGAUUUGUUUCACUGUUCCGAAUCCGAACAAUCAUGAAACACGAUGGCACAAAAACAGAAAAGCUGGAGAAGCUCAUGGUAAGAAUAGGUGUCUUCGGCGUCCUGUACACUGUCCCGGCUACUAUAGUUAUUGCAUGUUAUUUCUAUGAGCAGACGUUUAGAGACCAGUGGGAGAAGAGCUGGGUAAGUCAGACCUGUAAGACCUAUGCCAUUCCCUGCCCAGCCUACCAUCACCCACACAUGACCCCCGACUUCACAGUCUUCAUGAUUAAAUACCUUAUGACUUUGAUUGUGGGCAUCACCUCGGGAUUCUGGAUUUGGUCUGGUAAAACGCUCAACUCAUGGAGGAAAUUUUAUACAAGACUGGCAAACAGUAAACGAGGGGAAACGACAGUCUGAAAACGUUUUGUGAACUGAACACUUUUUUUGCGUGAGAGGCUUUUUGAUAUGUAAAUAAGCAUUUGAGAGAUUUUUGUAAGUACAUAUUUGUAUUAAAAAAAUGAAACUUAUGUCAAAUAAUUUCUACAUGUAUUUUGGACAAAAAAGAAAGGUACUGAAUCGUUUUUAUCCUUGCAGGACACAGAUUUAGUGGCCUGCGAGUUUUGAUUGGUUCCUAUAUAUAUGUGCAUUUGUUUUCUAAUCCUGUUUGAUGUAAUAUAACCUUAGGAAGG